CAACCGAGUACUCAUAAUCAUGGGUAUUUCGUAUAUAUUGGCUAAAUAUUAAUACGGCUUUCAGUUGCUUCAUAUACAUAGUUCGCAAACAGGAAGCUUUAAUCAAAUUUCAAUUCUAAUGGAAUUUAAGAUUUACACCGUUCCAUUCUCUACUUAUCCAAGGGUAAAGUAUGCAUGCAAACACUUGGAUCCGCUUCUUCGUCGUUACGAUGACAUUUAUCUAACCUCGAGCCAGACCUCUUACAGAGAUUAUACCAACAAACAGGAGUUCAAGCUAUGUCUACAAACCUUGGGCGGUGAUCGAGAUAUUGAUAUCAGAAGUGUAACAAAACAAAACGAUGUACCUGAUUGCAUUACAGAAAAAUGCGCUAAUGUUAAAGAGCUCGUUCAAAAAGGAUGUCUUCAAAACUCUUUUGUUAUCAUUGUUGCUUCUGAUAUCAAUGAAGUCGACAUACCUACAUACAACAACGUUGGGACUAUCUGCCUGGUGACUGACACGAAUGACAGCCAUGCGAAUUGCUAUCAAGGAACGCCUUUCAAAGGAAAACUUUACGAAAAUGUCAGCGCAAAGAUGGAAUUGAUUUUAUACAAAGCAUCAGGAAUGAAAGGCAAAUGUGAUUAUUUGCUGCAAGAUUUGAUAAAAAAAUUUGAAAAACAACAGACAGAGUCAUUGCCACAGCAAUCGAAGUCAGUAGAAGACAUAAUAUUAGGAGCAGAAGAAAACGUGCCCAAGCGAACUAGCUCAGUUAAAGAGAGGAAUAUAUUUGAGACUAUUCAGCAAAAAGAGCGCCUCUAUGAUGAAAUGCUUGGCAUGUUUCGCCGAAGUUUAAUUCCAGAUGAUGAAACUUUAAGACCACUUGUUAGACAACUUACAGACAAACGCAUUACUGAAGAGUUGAAGGAAGAUCUUAAAAACGAAAGUUCAUCCAUAAGAAGUUGCGGAUACCGCGGUUGCACUUUAGUCAUUUUUGUUGAUGAAGAUUGCGAUCCGCAGAAUUUAAAAACCCGCCUAAAAAAAUGCCUGCUGAAGAAACACAAAAUCGCAUCAUUUUCCGUAGAGCCGUUGAAUAUCAAAGAAUUUUGUAAGGUGGGGUCAAAAGCUGAAGCAAUAUUUGGUGAUGGCAAAACCAGAAGGAGUGGAACAUUAGGUGGCUUUGGUUAUGCUAUAUCAUGCAGUGGCAAUGGAAGCAAAACCAUCGGGUUAGUGUCUCGACAUGUCGUUACCAUUGGUGACAGUUCUGCUACCAGUGUAUUCAUUAAUUCUGAUGGAAACACAACAGAAGCAUCUGUUGAUAUUGAUAACUCAUUUGCUGAUCAACACGAAAUUGUAUUAGAUAUCGCAUCAAUUUCGUUCAUGAAUGAUACAUCUGAAUUCGAAACAACAUAUAAAACAUCAGAAAACAGAAGUGCAAUAGGCGUUUUAACUACGUACACCACGGAACAAAUGAAGGGGCUUCCUGUUCAAAUAUGUGGAGCGUGCACACCACUAGGACGUGGAACUGUUACAAUGCCAAAGAUUGAAGGUGUUAGAGACAGCUGUAUGGAUGAAAAUUUUAUUUUUGUCGAAGAUGACAUCACUGAAGGACAGGGAAAUGAGGUUUUCUGUAAAGAACUUGAUAGUGGCGCAAUAGUUUGUACAGACGAUCAAGAUAAUCCAGAUAAGGUACAGUUAAUUUCAAUGGUAAUUGGGGGAGACCUUAAUGGGACAGGCAAAUAUGCAACGCUGAAGCUAAAAGAGGGAAUCAAACAAGUUGAAGAAGAAACUGAUUCUACUGUUGAACUUUUGUAACAGAACAUCAUUAUGAGAAUUGAGAUAUAGAAAAUAUGUGAGAAUGAAUGAUGCUUGUUGUUUGAUUGUAGACCUUAAAUAUAGGAAAUAUUAGAGGUAGAAGUUCAUUGUGUGAUUGUAAAACUUUGAUGUAGAAAAGGUAAGGGAAUGAUGCUUUCCAUCUGAGUGUAGAAAUUUGAUGUAGAAAAUAUGAGAUAAUGAUGUUUAUUGUUUGAUUGUAGAACUGUGAUGUAGAAAAAAUAAGAGGUAAAAGUUUAUUGUUUGCUUGUAGAACUUUGAUGUAGAACAUAUGAGAGAAUAGUGUUUUUGUUUGAUUGUAACUUUGAUAUAGAUAAUAUGAGAGGUAGAAAUUUAUUUUUGAAUGUAGAACUUGAAUACAGAAAUGAAAUAUAAGAAAAUGAUAUUUAUUUCUUGAUUGUAAAACUUUGCUGCAGAAAAUAUGAGAGAAUGAUGUUUAUUGUUUGAUUAUAGAACUUUGAUGUAGAAAAUAUGAGGGAAUUAUGUAUUUUGUUUGAGUGUAGAGCUUUGAUAUAGAAAAUAUAUAACGACGAUGAUUAUUAUUUAACUGUAGAACAUGAAUGAUAUUUAUUGUUUGAUGUUUAUCAUUCAAAAUGUCAUUAUUAAGAAUCAUGAAUGAUAAUCAUGGGAGAUAACAAACAACGAAAUUUUACAUUUCUGAUGACUUAAACCUUUAAAUGUGUGAAUACUUCAAACAUCUCUUUUAACUGAUAAUCAAUAUUCAUAUAGCCAUUAAUCACCUCCAUUAUUAUCUGUACUAAUAAUUGUAUUAAAAAAGCUUUUAGCUGCAUGUAUAUACGGAUGUAAUCAUUAUAAAACAACGUAAUAUUCACAUAACUAGUUUCUAAUAAAGUCGUAUUUAAAAAUAAAUAAAAAACAAUUCGACAAAUUAAUAAUUAAUUGUUUUGUAUUAAUUCAGUUGUUGUAAAAGUAAAGUUGAAUGACAAAUAAAAAAGUACAUAGUCGAGGUCUACUUUCAUUUGUAAUAUUAUUUAAACAUUUAAAAUGCAAUGUUUAUGGACCAUUAUGUAGACAGUUUUCCGCCAAGCCUUAAAACAGAUUAAUGCACACAGCAAUCUUAAAUACUGUUGAUACUUCCAACAUAUAUUUUGUUUUUUGUUCUAUUUAAACAUUGUUCACACUGUGGUACGUUCCAGCAGUAACCUUUUAUAUCUCAAAUUAAAAUAUAUACAUAUAUGUAAUUACGAAAAGGACAGGUCAGUAAAGACAUUGGUUAAAGGGACUCCACUAAGUUUUUAACAGGAAAUAAUUUUUUUCGAGAUAAAUGUUCCAUUCAAUAAUGGUUUAUGAAUAGGUUUG